CUGGGCUUUGGUUUACCUAGAGUCGUAAAGGCUGGAGAGCGGAGUCAUACUUGCAUGCGGGGCUGUUGGAAUUUCCCGAAUGCGAGCCUGCCGGAGCCCCAGCCUUCCUGAGCCUGAAAUCUCUGGACCUAUCUGUCAGACCAAAACCAUUGGACAGCCAGCUAGUCUCUCUUUGGAGAACAGUAUCCUGACCCAGCCAUCCAGCCUGCAGAGCAGAUCGUCGGGCUAACCACUUGCUUCAGUGCCUCUAGCCAUCCCACGUGACUGAGGCUUCCUUGAAGAGCAUGGAUACCAGAAACCACCUCCUCUCAGAACCUGCAGCCUGGAAGGCCCAGGACUUCACUCUGGGCCACUUCACCAAAUGGCCUAAGAGAACUCUGGAAGCAGAACCUGCACACCAAUCCAAAACUCUGAAGAGGCAAGAUUUGGAACUGUUUGGACGGCCAACCGUUCUCUCUCUGGAGAACCGCAUCCUGGCCCAGCCACCCAGCCACCUGCUUCAGUGCCUCCAACCAUCCCACCUGACCAAGGCUUCCCUGAAGUGCUUGGACACCACUAACCACCUCCUCUCAGAGCCUACAGUUUAUAGGAACCAAUGUUUCCUUUUGGCACCCCGCCUAGGAGGGACCCUGGAUUAUUGUGCCAUGUGCCCCAAGGGGACUCUGGAAGCAACUACAUCUCUGGAAACCUGGCCCAUCUCCAGAGAAGAGCAACAGCAGCAGGAGGAGGAGAAGGAGGAGGAAAAGCAAGUGGAGGAAGCAAUUCCUCUUUACAACCUAAGUUUGGGGGAAGAAAGGGUAUCAGAAGAGGUGACUCUGGAGCUUGCUCCCAGGAACUCUGAUGCCAAACUUGAGAAUAUGGACCAGGAUUUGCAGUUCAUGAAGAUGCGGCUAAUCACCAGGCUGUGCAGUGCCCUGUCUUCCAAGGCAAACCUACUGAAGGCUGAAGACCACACCCGGCUAUUCCUGCUUCAGAUCUGCACAGACCUUUCCCUUUUAGAGCCGGAGUUCAUUCUCAAGGCAUCCCUGUAUGCACGACAGCAGCUCAAUGUUCGAGAUAUAGCCAUCAUGGUCCUAGCCAUAGCUGCCUACCUACCUGCUUGUCGUCCUUAUGUGCGGAGAUAUUUCUGUGCCAUUGUCCAGCUCCCUUCUGACUGGAUGCAGGUGGCCCAGUUUUUCCAGAACCUGGCCAGGGAGCCUGAUAAGAAGCUGGUACCUAUGCCUGCCUGUCUCCGUGCUGCCAUGACUGACAAAUUUGCCCAGUUUGACGAGUACCAGUUGGCAAAAUACAAUCUUCGGGAACACCGGGCUAAGAAAAGACACCGGCGCCCUCGACGUCCAAAAUCAGAAAAAGUGUGCCAAAAGAAGUGGUACAAGUCAGCUAUAAUAUACAAGACCUUCAAUCUUCAUCAACAAGCAUUUAUGAAGGCCUAUGAUACUGAGCCAGUGAAAAAGAAGCCAUCAGAUUUUACACUGAAGAAGUUGAUACAGCGAUUGCAUAUCCGGGAUCCUGUACAGAAUGUUAAAGCCCUACUGGGCUGCAGGUACCCUUCAGACCUGUGCUCCUUCUCCCGGAGCCGUCUACCUGGUCCAUGGGAUUCCAGUAGAGCUGGGACUCGGAUGAAGCUUCCACUGCCAGAAACCUGGGAUCGAGAGCUGAGCGAGAAGGGAAACAAAGCCUCUGUCUGGGAGGGGCUCAUUGACAGUGGGAAGUUGCCCUACAUGGCCAUGCUAAGGAACCUAUGCAGCCUGCUCCGAGUGGGAAUCAGUGCCAGACACCAUGAACGCAUCAUACAGCUAUUGGAAUGCAAGGAAUCAGUGAUCCACAGCCGGCAGCUUCCAUUCCGAUUUCUUUCUGCCCAUACAUCCAUCAGUGACCUGAAGAAGCAACUUCAAGACUCUGGGCCAAUCCCCCGUAAAGUGGAUAUAAUUAAGAACUUAAUAGAAAGACUGAGGAAGAAAGGACAGAUACCAAAGUUACAACAGCAAUUGACUAAUGAAGACCUUCAGUUUGCAAUGUUGGUGCCUGUGCUAUAUGAGCACUUCAAGCGGGAAAAGCAUCGGCUGACCAAGAUUAACCAGUGGGUUCGAGACUGGAAGAUGAUGAAGCGCUACCAACAGGCCCUGGAAACAGCUAUGAACCUAUCUGUGCAACACAACUUGCCCCCGUUGCCUGGCCGCACCCUGAUUGUCUGUAAUCCAGGUCGACCCCAAGAUAAUAAAAGGAAUCUCCCGAGUCAUGCGCUACUAUUGGUUGCGAUGGUGAUGGCCUGUGCUGAGCAGGCUGAGCUAUUACUUUAUAAAGAGCAAACUUUGAAGAAAGCUGUGGUUAAUCCAGAGGAGGGCAUCCUGAAGACUGCAACUGAGCUCAAGACACAGAUAGAGGACAUGUCUGUAGAGACAUCUGAAUCAAUUCAUCAUCCAUUUGCCAUUUAUAUACUGGACAUGGUCACAAAGCGGGUGCCGAUAGACACAAUCAUCUUUGUUGGUGACACCAUGGAGGACAAGGAGUUUAUGUCUGCCAAGGAAUUCUUCUGGCAGCGUGUGAAUCCCAAAUGCCUUUUUGUUGGAGUUGAUUUAACUGGGAAUCAUGUUGGUUCACUCAGUAUAAACCCCAAUGAUGUCAUCCUCACAGGCUGCACCGAUGGAAUACUGAAAUUUAUUUCAGAGCGUGGGAUGUCUCGUCUCCUGGAACAUGUGGACCAAAUGGAUAAGAUAUUCAAGAUCCCAUCCCAGAAAGGGGAGGUACAAACUCCACCUGACAGGCCCUUAGAAGAGAGGGUACCAGGACCCCUGGCCCCUCUUCCCCAGCAUAGCUGGCGCAGUGUCCGUAUUUUCAUUUCAUCUACUUUCCGGGAUAUGCACGGGGAACGGGACUUGUUGCUACGCUCAGUGCUACCUGCCUUGCAGGCCCGUGCAGCCCCCCACCGCAUCAAUAUACGUGGCAUUGACCUGCGCUGGGGAGUUACUGAGGAGGAGACCCGAAAAGACAGACAAUUGGAGCUCUGCUUAGGGGAGGUGGAAAAUUCUCAACUCUUUUUGGGGAUCCUGGGCUCCCGCUACGGCUUUGUUCCUCCCAACUACAGCCUCCCUGACUAUCCACACUUCCGUUGGGCAAAGGAUUAUCCAUCUGGCCGUUCUGUGACUGAGAUGGAAGUGAUGCAAUUUUUAAGUCGAGGUUCCCGCCACCAGUGUUUCUCCCCAGCUCUCAUCUACCUAAGAGACUCUAGCUUCCUCAGUUCUGUGCCAGAUGCCUGGAAAAUUGACUUUGCCUCUGAGUCAGAAGAAGCUGCAGAGAAAAUCUCAGAAUUGAAGAGCUACCUGGACAAACAGGAGGGUGUCACCUGCCACAGGUACUCAUGUGUGUGGGGUGGGGUGGCAGCAGGCCGUCCAUAUGUGAAGGGCCUGGAAGAGUUUGGGCAGAUGGUGUUCCAGCAUGUGUGGGAGCUGCUCCAGAGACUCUAUCUACAGCUAGAGUCAGGACUGGAAGACUCCGAAUCCAAUCAGAAUGAUGACACUGUGCAGUCAGCCUUUCAGCAGCUCCGGUGUCCACCUAGUCCAGCUCGGCCCAGCCUCCUGAAGGACACUGUCCAGCAGCUCCAACAACGCAGUGGUAGUCUGUGCCUAGUGACUGGGGAAGCUGGACAGGGCAAGACAGCUUUUCUGUCGUCCCUGGUAUCAGCCUUACAGGCUCCCGGUGAGGUCACCAAGGGCUUCCAAGUAUUCUUCCACUUCGUUGGAGCCCGUCCUGAUCAAAGCUAUGUUCUCACCUUGCUCAGAUGCCUCUGUACUUACCUGAACCAACAGCUGCAGUGUUCCGUGCCUCUCCCAACUACCUACCGGGGACUGGUGUGGGAGCUACAGACCCUGCUUCCCAAAUCUGCUCAGUCGCUAUGCUCUGGCCAGACUCUGGUGCUGGUAAUUGAUGGAGCUGACCAGCUAGUGGACCAAAGUGGUCAACUGAUCUCAGAUUGGAUUCCAAAGAUCCUGCCUCAGAAAGUCCACCUAGUCAUGAGUAUGUCAGCAAGCACAGGAUUGGGAGAUAUCCUUCAAUGUCGCCGAGAUGCUCACAUCGUGGCCUUAAAAUCCCUGGAACCCACAGCACGAGCCCAGUUGGUGAGGCAGGAGUUGGCCCUGUAUGGAAAGCGGCUGGAGGAGACACCCUUCAAUAAUCAGAUGCGGCUGUUGCUGGUAAAGCGAGGGUCAGCUCUGCCUCUUUACUUGCGCCUGGCCACUGAUCACCUUCGUCUCUUCAUACUAUAUGAGCAGAUGUCUGAGAAACUUCGGACAUUACCAGCCACGGUGCCCUUGCUACUACAGCACAUGCUAGGCAUCCUGGAGCAGGAGCAUGGCUCUGAUGUUUUGCCUCUUGCCUUAGCUGCCCUCCAUGUCACACGCAGUGGUCUAACAUUGGACCAGUUUCAUGGGGUGAUAAGUACGUGGCGGGCACUACCCUUGGAGACUACAGGUUGGGCAGAAGCUAUGGCUGCUAGAAACAAAGGAGACCCUUAUCCUAUGGGUUCCUUUACCUACCUUGUCCGGAGUCUGCGCAGCUUGCUGGGAGAAGGUUCUCUGGAACUUCCUGGAGCACGACUGCGCCUUCCUCCUGGGCCCCUAAAUUCAGCAGCUGAACUGCGCUAUAAGAGGAGACCUGGACUGAAGAACACAGCACAUGUCCUCAUUGCAGUUCAGCUCUGGAGGAUGUGUGACCCCGAUGCCUCGGGUACCUUCCGUAACUGCCACGCUGAGGCCCUUAAUGACCUGCCCUACCACCUGGUACAGAGUGGGAACCAUUCCCUGCUUGCUUCCCUGCUUACCAACAUCAAUGUUAUGGCUGCCUACCUGGAACUGGGCCUACUCUCCCAGCUGGGGGAGGCCCAUGCCCUCUAUGCAUCUUCUGUCCCUGUGGAUGAGCUAACACCCUCUGAGCCAGAUGUUGCCACAUUCCACACAUUCCUAAAGCAGCAAUACAAGCUCCUCACCCAGUACCCAGCACUCCUGGCCCAGCAGGCAACCAACCAGCCCUCUGACUCACCCAUCUGCCAGCAAGUUCCAAAGCUUGCCCAGCAAUGGUUCUCUCAGCCCAUCUUGCGCUGGCUCAACAAGCCCGAGUCCAUGGGAGCUCAGCAAAGUUCCAGCCUGUCUCUGGCACUUCCCUCGACUCCUACAGCUGUGGGUCUUUCCCCCAAUGGACAACGGGCGGUGGUGGCUACCGCCAGUGGGAUUGUUCACCUGUUGGACACAUGUACCUGGCAGGAGGAGAAGUCCAUAGUGAGUGGCUGUGAUGGAAUCUCUUCUUGUUUAUUCCCCUCGAAUACCACUCUCUUCCUCACAGCCAUGGAUGGUCUCCUGGAGCUCUGGGACCUCCAGGGUGGUUGGCGUGUUUUCCAAACCAGAGCCCACCAGCUCCAGAUCACUGACUGCUGCCUGAACCCUGAUCGCCGGCUACUGGCCACCGUGUCCCUAGAUAGAUAUCUCAAGCUGUGGGACACCAUUAAUGGAAAGCUGGAUGCCCAGCACUUGUCCCAGAAGCCCCUGAACUGUGUUGCCUUUCACCCUGAGGGACAGGUGAUCAUCACAGGAAACUGGGCUGGGCGCCUAAGUGUCCUACGAGUGGACAGCCUCAAAGUGACCAUGGAGCUGGGGGAACCAGGGUCCUCAGUCCAUACUGUGACAUUUGCCCCUCCUGGGUCAGUCUUGGCUGCCAGCCGUCUGGAUGGGACUGUUGAACUGUGGGCUUGGCAGAAGGGAGCACGCCUAGCUACCUUCCCUGCCCACCAAGGAUAUGUUGCUUCUGCUCUUUUCCUAAAAUCUGGACGCCAGCUGCUAACUGCUGGAGAGGAUGGCAAGGUACAGGUGUGGUCAGGAUUCCUGGGCCGGCCCAAGGGGGCUUUAGGCUCCUUGCCCCUCUCACCUGCCCUCUCUGUGGCAAUCAGUCCAGAUAGGUCUUAUGUGGCUGUUGGUUACCGCACAAAUGGCAUCAGAAUCUACGGUAUCUCUUCAGGUACUGAGGAGCAUCAGUGCCCAGUGUCAGACGUGGCAGUAUCUGCACUAGCCUGGUUGAACCACAAGAUCCUGGUGAGUGGCAGAGAAGAUGGGACUCUUUGGUGCUGGGUGCUUGGAGAUGUAGCUCCCCGCUGUCUCUGGCUUCUACCUGCACAUCAGAAGGCUAUAUUGGGUCUGGCUACCUCCCAGGAACUCUUUGCCUCUGCCUCAGAGGACUUUACUGUACGGUUAUGGUCACUACCGUUCCUGAUCCAACCAGAGAUGGCAGAAGCAUUCCAUCCUGGUGUAGAACUCUGUGGACACACAGGCCCCGUCACCUGCUGCAGCUUCAGCCCUGAUGGGGAUAUCCUGGCCACUGGCAGCAGGGAUCAGAGUCUUCUGUGUUGGGAUGUAAGGACGCCCGAGGCUCCUGUUCUGAUUUAUUCUCUUCUUGCUUGUCACCGUGACUGGGUCACUGGUUGCUCCUGGACCAAGGAUACCAUUCUGGUCUCCUGCUCCAAUGAUGGUUCUGUGCGGCUAUGGGACCUAGUGUCCAACCAGCAGCUUGGCCAGUUUCUGGGUCAUCAGAGUGCAGUGAGCACCGUGGUGGCUGUGGAAGAGCAUGUGGUAUCUGUGGAUCGGGAUGGAGUGCUAAAAGUGUGGGAUCUUCGUGGCGUGGAGCUGACAAGCAUUCCUGCACACUUAGGACCCAUCAGCCACUGUGUGGCCACCCAGGAGCCUCGUCCAGCCGGACAGCCUGGGUCAGAGCUCUUGGUAAUAACUGCUGGAUUAGAUGGAGCCACAAGGCUGUGGCAUCCACUGUUGGUACUUCAGACACAUACCCUUCUAGGACAUAGUGGUCCAAUCAUUUCAGCUGCAGCCUCAGAGCCCUUGGGUAUUCUGCUUACUGCCUCGAAAGAUGGUUCAGUGAGGCUCUGGCAUGUGCCUGAGAAAGUGGAAGAUACAGGUGCUGGUGAGAGGCCCACAGCCAUUACUGCUGUGGCUUGGGCUCCAGAUGGUUCCCUGGCAGUAUCUGGAAGCCAGGCUGGGGAACUAGUCCUGUGGCAGGAGGCCAAAGCUGUAGCCAGAGCUCAAGCCCCUGGUCGAGUCAGUGCCCUGUGCUGGUCCUCUCCACAAACCUUCUUUUCCCUGAUCAAUGACAAAAACGUCAUCAAGUGGCAAGUGGGAACGGCGGGCCUCGUGCCUAACAUUUUCAGCUUGGACUGUAACCUUCAACUGAACCUGCAGGAUAGGAACACUCUGAUAUCUGCUAUGGACUUGACCCCAGAUAGCUGCUCUCUCAUCUUGACAAAGCCACUUUUGGGGAUGCAGCUACUGAAUCUAGAUUCUCCUGUCUCUGAAUCCUGGUGUAAAUGCCCUUACAUUAUGCACACUCUAUCCCAUAAAGAAUAUGGUGUGUUUGUCCAGGACACUCAGGAUGGUUUACACUUUGUCUACCGGCAGAAAGAGUCGAGUAUACUGGAGCACAGAGAGACUAUUUUUCUAGAGCUGGAAAAUCCCAGAGGAACCCCAUUGUGGAUAACCCAAGCCAAGCCUGAGUCUGACUCUGCUUUUAUGUAUGCUAGCUCAGAAGGAGUCCUUUGGAACAUGGCAGAACGGACCCCUGAGGAAGACUCAGGCACCAGUAGCAUAGGGCAGGACACAGAUGAGGAACUCAAGUUCCGGAAUUUCAAGACACGGUACUCCAAGAAGAUCCAUUCAGGAUCAGUCACAGCCCUCCAUGUGUUCCCUGAACUGCUGCUGACAGCCUCUGAGGACCGAGACGUGAAGCUCUGGGAGAGACCCAACCUGCAGCUGCGGGGCCUCUUCCGUUGUGAGGGAGCAGUAAGCUGUGUGGAGCCAAGACCUGGGCCUAUGUCCACCCUGCAACUGGCUGUGGGAGAUGUCCAGGGCCAUGUGUACUUUCUGUCAUGGUAGUAAGAUGGUUGGUCAGACAAUCAUCUGUCUGGAGACAAAAUUUGAGGAUGCCAUAAUGCCAGCUUUUCAAUAUAUUUAUUAUACAA